AUGGGUGACUGGAGUGCGUUAGGCAAACUCCUUGACAAAGUUCAAGCCUAUUCUACCGCUGGAGGGAAGGUGUGGCUCUCGGUCCUGUUCAUUUUCCGAAUCUUGCUCCUGGGGACAGCAGUUGAGUCAGCCUGGGGUGAUGAGCAGUCUGCCUUUCGCUGUAACACUCAGCAACCUGGUUGUGAAAACGUCUGCUAUGACAAGUCUUUCCCACUGGCUCAUGUGUUCUAUGUGAUGCGAAAAGAAGAGAAACUGAACAAGAAAGAGGAGGAACUCAAAGUUGCCCAAACCGAUGGUGUCAAUGUGGAGAUGCACUUGAAACAGAUUGAAAUAAAGAAGUUUAAGUACGGUAUUGAGGAGCAUGGGAAGGUGAAAAUGCGAGGAGGCUUGCUGCGGACCUACAUCAUCAGUAUCCUCUUCAAGUCCAUCUUUGAGGUGGCUUUCUUGCUGAUCCAGUGGUACAUCUAUGGAUUCAGCCUGAAUGCAGUGUACACUUGCAAAAGAGAUCCCUGCCCACAUCAAGUGGAUUGCUUCCUUUCUCGUCCCACAGAGAAAACCAUCUUCAUCAUUUUCAUGCUGGUGGUAUCCUUGGUGUCUCUUGCCUUGAACAUAAUUGAACUGUUCUAUGUCUUCUUUAAGGGUGUUAAGGAUCGUGUGAAGGGAAAGAGUGAUCCUUACCAUGCUACCACUGGUCCACUGAGCCCCUCCAAGGACUGUGGAUCUCCAAAAUAUGCUUAUUUCAAUGGCUGCUCCUCACCAACUGCUCCACUCUCGCCCAUGUCUCCUCCUGGGUACAAGCUGGUUACUGGAGACAGAAACAAUUCUUCUUGCCGCAAUUACAAUAAACAAGCAAGUGAGCAGAACUGGGCUAAUUACAGUGCAGAGCAGAAUCGAAUGGGGCAGGCAGGAAGUACCAUCUCUAACUCCCACGCACAACCUUUUGAUUUCCCUGAUGAUAAUGAGAAUUCCAAAAAAUUAGCUGCUGGGCAUGAACUACAGCCACUAGCCAUAGUGGACCAGCGGCCUUCCAGCAGAGCUAGCAGUCGCGCUAGCAGCAGACCUCGGCCUGAUGACCUGGAGAUCUAG